GCCGACGCGGCCCGGAAGGAACGAGCCCUCGAGUCGCCACCGCCCCCGGCGCUGGCUUGCGGUGGCGGAGGCUCGCAGGGUGACGAGGAGGCGCACGCGUCGUCCUCGGCAGCAGAGGAGCUCUCCCCGGCCCCCUCGGAGAGCAGCAAAGCCUCGCCCGAGAAGGACUCCCUGGGCAGUUCUAAAGGGGAAAACGCAGCCAACUGGCUGACCGCGAAGAGCGGCAGAAAGAAGCGCUGCCCCUACACCAAGCACCAGACGCUGGAGCUGGAGAAGGAAUUUCUCUUCAACAUGUACCUUACUCGAGAGCGGCGCCUAGAGAUCAGCCGCAGCGUCCACCUCACAGACAGACAAGUCAAAAUCUGGUUUCAGAACCGCAGGAUGAAACUGAAGAAAAUGAACCGAGAAAAUCGGAUUCGGGAGCUCACAGCCAACUUUAAUUUUUCCUGAUGAAGCUGCAGGCGACGCCGGGUUUUAUGUUUGGUUGUUGUUGUUGUUGUUUCCGCCUCCAGGGUCCCCUCCCUCUCUCUGUCUUCGACCUCAACCCGCACCUGUGCCGGAACCCCACUCCUUCCUCCCACUCGUGCCAUCUCGCCUGCCCACCCAUCUGUGCACGCCUGGGCUGGUUUGUUGUGACUUUUUGGUUUUGUUCUCUUCGUUUGCUUGGUGUUGGAUUAUUUGUUGUUUUCCGGGGGAAAAAGCCAUAUCGUGCUAAAAUUCUAUAGAGAUAAUAGCGUCCUAAAUGUCAAGUGCUGACUGGUCCGGUUUGCUGCCUUGGGGUCCCGUUCCCCGCCCCCUGCCCCCCACCCCCGCUCAGCCGCUGGAAAUAGCCCUUUCCUGGCCAGUCCUGGGUAAACCUAGCCGCAAGGCCGAGGUCCCAUUGUCGGCAUGGACGUGUCUGGCCUGAGGUCAAUGGUGCAGGAUUCACCACAGGGAUGGCCUGCCGUGGGUACUGGGUUGUGGAUAGUCAGGGGCUACAAGCCCCCAGUUGAUUUUUCUUUCUACCUUUCCUCCCUCACAAAGAGGAGGGCUUAAAAGCAUGGGCAUGCAGGUUGGCAAAAGGCUUUGACUUUGCCUGAUGGGCAGAUGGAGAAAGAAAGACUCAGAAAGAUUCAUUUUUCCAUCCUCUGUAAGAUAUCCAAGCUUUAAAAGAAACAAACAAAUGAACAACAACAACAAAAAGAAAAAGACCAGGAGAAGGAAACUUCUCUUCCAAUUUUUGUAUGGUCUUACGUUGCUAAACCCAAUGAUUUCGCUUACCUCUGAAUUGCCUGCCAUAUCUUUCUGGAUGUAGAUAAACAAUCUAAUGUAGUUUUCUUUAUACAUGUGGAUUCAUUGGUUUUGGUACUUUUUGUCAUGAAAUACUUGUUACCACUGGUAACACUCGACAAGCACACUGCAAUCAAUAGUCCCUUCCUGUAGAGUUUUUGUUUGUUUGUUUCAUUCACUUUUAUUUUUAAAUUUCUGAUAUUCAUGGAAUACCAGGAGGGCGGGGGUGGGGAGCCAGUGGAAGAGACCAGAGAAAGGGAGACGUUGUUGGAAUUUCCUUUAUACUGUGAAGUUACAUGCAUAAAAGGGUCAAACCUGUAGGUGCAGAAAAAGAAAAACUAUAAAUACAAAUCUGUAUAAAUGUCUAUUAUUAUGAAAAAUUGCCAAUCUUGUUUGAAGCAAAUGCAUUCUAUGGUUAUUAUAAAUGUUAGUUUUAGCUCUAUUCUAAUCUAAAAUCAGAAUAAAUUAAUAUUGUAAUGCUGCUGUGCGUGGAAAAAAAGACGAUGUUUAUGUUCUUAUAGAAGAAUAAAAGCUGUGGAAUGAAGCUUUUAAA